CUGCUUGCAGACAUCCCCGCCUGGCUGAAGACUCUUCGGCUUCACAAGUACACCGAGAACCUCCAGCACCUGCGCUGGCAGGACAUGGUCGCGCUUGACGACGCCGCCUUGGCCCAGCUCGGCGUCAGCACCCUCGGCGCCCGCAACAAGCUCCUCAAGAGCUUC